AAAAAAAAAAAAUACUAUUCCCAAAUAAAAUUAAAAAAAAAAAAAAACACCCUUUUCGUUUUCUCAGUCCUCAAGCUCAAGCCUUCCUCCGCUAACUCACGACCCUUUUGUGCCUUCACUGCCGCUGCCACGGCCGCCGUGACCACCAUUGCUGCCACUGCAGCUGCCUCAGCUUCCACCAAAGACAUUGCCGCUACCCCAAACCCAAAACACCCUUUUCUCCAAGAAGCUCUAAAGUUUUCCUUCGCUAAGCGUUCGCUAUCACUUUGAGGUUCACUCUCUCUAGCCAACUCUUCGGAUCCAGCCGUUGAUUCUUGGAUUGGGGUAUUGUUCCCUUCCAUCCUAGCUGAUUCUCGGAAACUUCUCGGUAUUGGGUUAAGGAGAAAGAGCGUUUGAGGUUAAAGAACAUCGAUGUUUACGCAUUUGGCUUUGGCGUUUUGCGAGUGUUUGAAAAGAAUCUGAGUUAAGUGGAAAUUUCAAUCUUGAUUCACCGGAGAACUUCAUGGCGUUUCUCUGUGCUUCAUGGCGCGUAUUGGGGUUUCAGGCGCAGCACUCCAUAGGGUAUUCCACUCACAUUACCAAAACCAGGUUCUUUUUCCCCUACCUCCGUUCACCGGUUCCAUUUUCAAGCUUAGAUGAUCAAUCAUCUAUUUUGGACGAGGGGUACCAUAUCAAAAACCAACCUCAUUUAGAUGAAAGCUUUGUUCUUGACCAACUCUCUGAUCUAUUUCCCGUACCAAGUAAUACUUUAGCUUCGAAGUCGGAGGGAAAAAAAGAGAUCGUUAGAGCAGUUGAUGGGUUUCUAUUGCCUGAAGAGAAACUGCGUGGUAUUUUUCUUCAGAAUAUGAGAGGGAAGGCUGCUAUAGAGAGUGCUUUAACGAGUGUUUGUGUGGAUUUGGAUCUUGAUAUUGUUGCGAAAGUAGUAAAUCGAGGCAGCUUAGAUGGUAGGAAAAUGGUCUUGUUUUUCAAUUGGGCUAUUCGACAGCCAACCAUUCCCAAAAAUAUUCAAACUUAUCAUAUAAUCCUUAAGGCAUUAGGCAGAAGAAAAUUUCUUAGUUUUAUGGUUGAAGUUUUACAUGAGUUAAAGACUCAAGGGGUUAGUCCAAACUUGGAGACCGUUUCUAUUGUAAUGGACAGUUUCAUUAGGGCUAGACAAGUAUCCAAAGCAAUCCAAAUGUUUCGGAAUUUGGAUGAAAUCGGGUUAGAAUGUGGUACAGAGACUUUGAAUGUGCUUCUUCAAUGUCUAUGCCGUCGAUCCUAUGUUGGUACUGCAAAUUCUCUACUUAAUUCAUUCAAGGGGAAAAUACUGUUUGAUGGUACUACUUAUAAUGUUGUUCUAAAUGGGUGGUCAAAAUUUGGUAGAGUUGGUGAAAUGGAGAAGAUUUUGGAAAUGAUGGUUGCAAAUGGAAUUGAUCCUGAUAGUUUGACGUUUAGUUAUAUUAUUGAGGGUUUUGGGAGAGCUGGUCAAAUUGAUGAUGCAGUUAAAGUUUUUCAGAGCAUGGAAGAGAAAUGUUUGAUCCCAGACACUAGUGCUUACAAUGCUAUGAUUUCUAAUUUUAUAUCUUCUGGGAAUUUUGAUGAAUAUAUGAAGUAUUAUAACUUUAUGUUGAGAAGUAACUGUGAACCAAAUGUUGAUACUUACACCAAAUUAAUUGGUGGUCUUCUGAAAGCCCGGAAAGUAGCUGAUGCACUUGAGGUUUUUGAUCGAAUGUUGAGUAGAGGAAUUAUUCCCAGUACAGGGACUAUAACUUCAUUUAUGGAACCUUUGUGUAGUUUUGGUCCUCCUCAUGCUGUUAUGCUCGUGUAUAGGAAAGCAAAGAGGGUUGGCUGUAGAAUCUCUUUAAGUGCUUUCAAGCUAUUGCUUAUGCGGCUUUCUAGAUUCGGUAAAUGUGGAAUGAUGUUAAGCUUAUGGAACGACAUGCAAGAAUGCGGUUAUUCUUCAGAUAUGGAAGUGUAUGAGUAUGUUAUUAGUGGACUUUGCAACAUUGGGCAGCUCGAAAAUGCUGCACUUGUUAUGGAGGAGUCUUUGAGAAAAGGCUUCUGCCCAAGCAGGCGUAUCUGGAGCAAAUUAAAUGGAAAAUUGCUUGCUUCAUAUAAAGUAGAGAGAGCUUAUAGGCUGUUUCUGAAGCUUAAGGAAGCUCGUUUGAAUGAUAAUGCCCGAAGAUAUUGGCGUUCUAAGGGAUGGCAUUUCUGAAUUUUCAAAAAUGGCAUGUGAAAAAGACUAUUAUACUCUGCCUUGUCAUAACCAACUCUUAAUCGUCGAUCACUCCUUCUGCAUCGCCUCCUGUACCCAGACCACAACCUCUGGUUUCUCCGUUUUUCCAACCAGCAGUUAAUGACCUCAAAGUAGUAGUAGGUUCUGUAAUGGGUUUUCUUACACUGCAGGUUUUGAUGGUGUUUUGUUAUCUGUGACCCCCUUCCCUACCUAAAGAAGACUCUUCGGGGUGUGUAUUCUGCAAGUAGUGCUUCUACUCAUCGGUUGUCAUUACAGUUUCUAGUGCACCCCAGUCUUUCCUCUUCGGCCUCAUCCUUUAGAUAAGCUAUUACUAAUUAGCUAUAAUGAGCAGUUCUAGAUAAAUCUAUCUUAUAUUGACAAAACAGUGCUUAUAGGUUUGUGCUGAAUGCUGAUGGUAUACAAUGAUCUUGAGGAGCUUUUGAAGGCUUUAAUUGAACCUAGCAAGAAACAUGGAUUGCAUGUUAAGUCUAGUGCAACAAUUGAGUAUUCAAAAGGAACAUUUACACAUUUACAUAUAAAUGUGUAUAUUGAAAUACAUAUGUUUUAAGAUGAGCCUGAUUUCUGGUGAACUUUGAGAUACUUGCAUAUGGUUCAUUCUUGGAAAUUUGCUUCUCUUGUCAUAUGCUUCACGGCAAGCCUUGCCUCUAAUUUGGUGCUUUGAUGGAAAAUUACCGUUGCCAUUUUCUAAUAAGAGGCUGGGAACCUUGCAUUCAACAGGGAGCAGAUGUUUUGGAUGAGGAAUGGGAUAAGUUUGAAGAUGAUGUUUUGGGAUUUUGCUUUUUUGGUCUUCAAUAAGCAGUGUCUAUUUUACAGGAUGUCAACUGGUACUUGUAUAUUUAUUUAUGUGGAAACACAAAUUCUACUUUCAGAAUUUGUGAUUGACCUCACAAUUGACGCCACGGGAGAAAAGCAUGUCAGUCCAACAUCUCAAUCAGCUUCUGUUCGAAGGGAAAUACUUUACGAUGAUGGUGCCCUUGGGAAUGUUUCAGUAUUCUCUCAUAUAGACGAUGAAUAUGCAAGAAACUCCCAUUUCAGUGCAGCUGGAGAACUGCUGUAGAAAUAGAAAGUCCAACUCAAGAAUUUUCAGACCUUCAUUAUGGUAAAGGCUCUAACCCCAUCACCAAGGGUGGUCUAGUGGUAAGGCAGACUGUUG